UUGCUUCCAAAGAGGUCACGUGAGCGCUCUGCUCGGAGGAGGUCUGUGUCAAAUGGGCGCUGCUGGGAAUCGAAACUUACCCGGUGCUCGGUGAACGUCCAGCUCGAGGGGCUUCUCUCCUCUCUGCCGUUUACCUGCGGCUUCUCGGCGCCUCAAACUUUGCCCGCAUCUCUCUCCUCGGAACCAGCAUGAGCCGCUUUUAAACUUCGGUUCAAUGAACUUCCUGACUUCAUCAGUGAACAAGCAUGGACCCUGCCCGACAGAAGCGCAGGAGGGACAUAGACAAAACUCUGGCAUUCAUACAGUCUUCCCUGGCUUAUCCGGAGCCUCAGGGCUACCAGGACCUCUUGACCCAGUUAGUGUGCAACCUUCUUGAUGAGGGAAAUGCCUUCUUCCGGGACAGCGAGUGGGGUCGGGCUGUCAAAGAGUUCAGUGAAGGCUUGAAUGUCUCCGACUAUGCUGAAGGAGAGGAGAUCCAGAUUCCUGAAGCUUUGCGAGAGAGCCUGUAUGUCAACAGAGCUGCUGCCUACCACAGUAUGGGUGAAUAUGACCAGGGAGUGCAGGACUGUGACAGCGCUCUGGAGGUGUGUAAGGAGAGCCGCAGAGCCCUGUAUAGGAAGGCACUUUGUUUGAAGGAGCUUGGGCAGUACAAGGAGGCCUACAACUGCACCACCAAAUGUCUGCUCAUUGCUCCUCAGGACAAACAGGUGAACGAACUCGCACAGGAGCUGGCUGUUCAUCUGGGACUGAAAAUUCGAAAACCCUACGUCAAAGCAACGGUGUCUGGUGAGAAUUUAGGAAAUGGUUUGAAUCCUCUGAGUGUCGUUGCACCAGUCAGCUUUCCCAGCAUGCCUCAGCCCUCCUUUCCCUCCACACCUCCCAGCUGUAACCAGCCUUCUGUCUAUGCAGUAUCCGACACGGUGGGAGCUUUGGAGGACUCCGAGCGACUGGGAGACGACUUAGACAGCCUGCUAGACUGCUUUCCUACUGAGCAGGGUCCAGCUGAGAUUCCCGUCCAUUCAGCGUUCUCACUCCCCAGCCAGGCAUCAACCAACAAUCAUGCAGUUUCUUCUGAUCUACCCGCCCCGACACCCCAGCUGCCUCCCGCCUUUUUCAGCUCCGCCAUCAACCAACUCAACUCCCUGGACUCUUUUUCCGACGGCGCACACGGCACCUCGGUUGCAACACUGGAUUUCCUAGAUGACCUCUCGACCUCUGCAACUGGAAGUGGAGCAGUGGUUUCAAACCUGGUACUGACCUCCCCUGCGCAGGAAGUCCUGCAUGGUCUCGAUUCUCUCGAUUCUCUUGAUGACUUCUUGGAUGUGAUGCCAAGUGCUGCUGCUGCUGAGGAUGUUAAUAAGUCCCAAACAGAGCUGGACGCAGUGGAGAAGUCCCUUGAUGAAUUGCUCGAUGAACUGGAUCCCCUGCGGGCUGUCUGCCAUCAGAACGGUCUUACUGUCGAAGUCCCUAAAAUUGGUGUUAAUUCCACGGAGCAGCUUGAAUCCCUUGAUGCCCUGGACCCGUUUCCCUCGGUUGAAGGUGCUGGAGUAACCGGCCUGGACUUGCUGUCUGACGUCAGCUCAAUUGGUGUCCCUCCUCACAGUGCUGCAGCUCCAGUAAUGCGACCCCCCAAAAAACAACACAACGUGAAGGAAAACCAAGCUCCAGCUGCAGCCUCUAACCCCCUGUCCUCCACCCACGAGUUCCUGCAGGCCUGCUCAACUUGUUUUCCUCGGGAAGGUCCAGGGAUUUAUUCUUAUGUCCACAAGCCACAGCUGGUCCACAUCUGUAAAGGAGACAUUCUGUUAUGCCGACUAAAAGCAGCACAUCCUUCAGAGUGGACCAGAGUGCGACCGAUUCCACGGGCAUCCUUCACUGCGCCGUUUGUGAUCUGCAGAGAGCUGCUGAAGUCGGGGGAUUUGGGCCUUUGUAAGUACGGAGAGAACUGCACAUUCGCCUACAACCAGCUGGAGAUCGACGUUUGGACAGAGGAGAGGAAGGGAAAACUGGACAGAGACCUGCUGUUUGACUCUAAGCCUUUAAGACUGGAUCCUGUCAACGCCAUCAUUCGCCUCCUGCAGGAGAACAAAGGCAUGUUCAUGUUCCUCUGCCAGGAGUGCUACGACAGUAAACCUAGAAUCAUCAGCGAGCGCCACAGAGACAAACCCACCAUCUGCUCUAACUUGGAAGCUCGCCAUAACUUCGAUGCUAACAAGUGCUUGGCGUUUGUGGUGAGGACCCACAAUGUGAACUACAGUAAGGUGCGUCCGCUGAGCGUCCUGUGCCACUUGGAUUUGUGCCGUCAGUCCAUCCGCUACGGCUGCCUGAGAGAGGACAGCUGCUAUUAUGCCCACUCCGUCAUAGAGCUCAAAACCUGGAGGGUGCAGCGAGCCACAGGUAUUGGCCCUAGUGAGAUUGUGAAAAUGUCCAUGAGGUAUUAUGAGAAGCAGGAGUCGCAAAACAUGAGCAAACAGAAAGGAAACAGGUUGUCUUCUGGAGGGACCUGGAACAAACCGAAAGGAGGAGCAGGAGCUGCUAGAAAGAGUCUGAGCUUAAAGAUGAAGUUUGCCUGCGCUCAGUGCUGGCGGGACGGCCAGGUCAGCGAUCCGGACAAAGCCCUGAAGUACUGCAUGGCCAAAGCCAGACACGCGUUUACUAAAGAGAGAAGAGUACUGCUGGCCCGGUCCUCAGAAGGAAGAAAAUGGGUUCAGAUCCGUCCGCUGCCUCAUGCCAAGAACUUCCCUAUGUAUUAUGAUAUGUGCGCUCAGAUUUUGGAGAAGAGGAAAUGUACCUACACUGGGAACUGCACCUUUGCUCACAGCGAGGAGGAAAAGGAGAUGUGGAUGUAUAUGAAAAAUAAUAACUUGCGGGACAUGCAGCAGAUGUACGACAUGUGGCUGACAUUAUCUGCCCAAAACAGCCAAGCAGACGGAGCCAUGCUCACCCAGCCCAUCCCAGAGGAAAAGCCCAUCGUUAUGCCAACCGACUACGCUGAACCAAUGACUGGCCUGCACUGCCGUCUGUGUGGUAAACACAGUAACGGCGAGCGGCAGUGGCAGCAGCACAUUUCCUCUGAGAAGCACAAGGACAGAGUGUUCAGCUGCGAGGGAGAAGACGAGGCUCUGAUGUGGAGCUACCGGUUCCCUGGUAGACACUUUGAAAUCUGCUCCAAGUUGGGUGGCAGCUGUCCUGAUGGCGUGAGCUGCGACUACGCCCACAGCCCCGAGGAGCUUCAGGAGUGGACCGAGAGACGAGAUUUCCUGCGACAGAAGCUGGCCAAAGCCAGGGAGGACAUGCUCAUCAUGCCUGAUGAGCUCGACUUUGGGAAAUACAACUUUCUACUUCAGGACUGAGAACACUGUGGAUUUUUUUGCGUGCCAUUUUUGUAACUACCGAAGCAGCGAUUCGGUGUAUUAAGAAGUUUCAAACUACAGCUGACGUCUUCAGGUGAAGUGAUUCGUAUGUACGGCUUGAUGAACAAGACGUUCAUUUGCUUUGCCAAAAAUGCCACAUGCCAUUUAUUCUAGACUUUAGGUAAAUAUUUUAAUUUCUUCUAUGGAGAUUAUGUAUUCCUCCUGUAUGUUUAGCUCAUACUUUAGGGUAAUCUACACACUCUUGUGAAAGUAAAGCUCAUAUUGCAAUUCAAAAACUCAGCAGACACAAACACACUUUAUCACUGAUGAUUUAUGAAAGUUUUUAUUUAACCACACAUGCAAUUUUCUUUGUGUGUUUUUUCAUUUUCCGUUCUGUUUGUGUUUUGUUUAAGCAGAAAUGAUUAAAAAUGGUUUUAUUUUA